UUAUCUACACUUAUCAUAGCACAUGAUAACAAUCUGAUGAAACCAAUUUUAUAUGUUAGAACCGAGCACAGGUACCUUUCACUUGUUAGUGGUCAUUCGGACAGUGAACAGCACACACAAGACAGUAUGGCAGUGAUACGCGCAGUUCUGCUAUCUGCAUUGAUAGUCUACACCAUUCACGCGUAUCCAGUAGAUGAUCUCUCUAAUAAUGCAGUUAAAAUAAAUUCAAACUCAAGACUAUUGUUAGACGUUACUAAAGCGGACGAAUCUACAGUAAACGAAAAUCCGGAAGCUGCAGCAAGCUCAGUGGAAGACCCUAAUGGAAAGCCCGAAGAACCUGGCCAAACACCUUCUACGGAAAACUCAGCUAAUGCAAAGCCCGGAGGACCUGUCCAAACACCUUCUACGGAAAACUCAGUGGAAGACCCUAAUGGAAAGCCCGAAGAACCUGGCCAAACACCUUCUACGGAAAACUCAGUGGAAGACCCUAAUGGAAAGCCUGAAGAACCUGGCCAAACACCUUCUACGGAAAACUCAGUGGAAGACCCUAAUGGAAAGCCCGAAAAACCUGGCCAAACACCUUCUACGGAAAACUCAGUGGAAGACCCUAAUGGAAAGCCCGAAGAACCUGGCCAAACACCUUCUACGGAAAACUCAGUGGAAGACCCUAAUGGAAAGCCCGAAGAACCUGGCCAAACACCUUCUACGGAAAGCUCAUCGGAAGGCCCUAAUGGAAAGCCCGAAGAACCUGGCCAAACCUCUUCUACGGAAAGCUCAUCGGAAGACCCUAAUGGAAAGCCCGAAGGACCUGGCCAAACCUCUUCUACGGAAAGCUCAUCGGAAGACCCUAAUGGAAAGCCCGAAGAACCUGGCCAAACCUCUUCUACGGAAAGCUCAUCGGAAGACCCUAAUGGAAAGCCCGAAGAACCUGGCCAAACCUCUUCUACGGAAAGCUCAUCGGAAGACCCUAAUGGAAAGCCCGAAGGACCUGGCCAAACCUCUUCUACGGAAAGCUCAUCGGAAGACCCUAAUGGAAAGCCCGAAGAACCUGGCCAAACCUCUUCUACGGAAAGCUCAUCGGAAGACCCUAAUGGAAAGCCCGAAGGACCUGGCCAAACCUCUUCUACGGAAAGCUCAUCGGAAGACCCUAAUGGAAAGCCCACAGAACCUGGCCAAACCUCUUCUGCUGAAACCACUACCGUAGAAUCUACAGAGUCCACCACAUUAGAAUCAGCAGAAUCUACUUUAGAACCGACAGGAAAUCCUAACGAGAAACCCGAAGAACCUCAAGCAGUCGUUGUUGAGUCUAGCACUAACAAAUGGUUAUUAGGCUCUCUUAUAACUGUAUGUUUGAUUGUUCUGAUAUAUAUUUUGUAUAAAUUAUACUUGCGUUGUAAAAGUGAAUAAAAAUAUGGCCUUGUAAAA